GCCAUCUACAACUACCUGUCAAAAUUUUCCUCUCAUCUUCCACGGAAAAGGGGAUCAAUUUCACUGGAUUUUCUACUAAUUUUACCGAAGACCCAUGAACGACAACUCCACCAAGUGUUGCCACGAAGGCCAGGGCGCAGUAUCCGGGGUUUGCCGAGGGGAAAAUACCCAUGGAAGACGACCAGGAAAUUGCACUUACGGAGGACCCCGAAGAGGUUUCGAUCUCCUUGGAAGAUGAAGCCUUCGCCGGGAACGGGACGAUGCGCUCACCGGGCGUCGCGGGUAUGGAUGGCGGGGCAGGCGCAGCGCUAGACGGCGGGUCAUCUUCCAGUGACGGUCAGGUCCCUGAGGUCAUACGGGAAAUUGAGACGAAACUGGGCCAGGCCAAGUCGGCAGUCUGGAAGUCUCUGGAGAGAAAAGCAAUCUAUAUACAAUGCUAUUUCGUGACGAUCGCCUGUAUUCUUGGCACAGGAAUCCUUGGGCUUCCUGUUACACUGGCCCACUCCGGUCUCUCUCCGUUUCUCGUUUCAUUCAUCGUCGGUUUCUUCAUGCAGGCGCUUCUGAUCUACUUCUUCACGGACAUUCUCCAGAGGGCGCACGCAUGCCAAAUAGAACGGCACAAGGCAAUUUGUAGUGAGGAAGUCAACGUUCCACUGCAGGACAUGAUGUCAGAUGAAUCCACGGAGGAUGGAUCAGGUAGCGAGAGUAACCCAAGAGAACGAAGCACGCCAGCGUCCCUUGGCAAACCACCGACGCCCAACCUGCACAUGCUGGGAAGUCUCUUCUUACAGAUUGGUCUCAGACAACUCUUUGAUAUCGUUCUGCUGUUACAGUUUGUGUCUAUUCUCAUCAGUUACGCAUUAGCUGGCAGCGAAGCUUACGCACAGGUCCUCAAUGUCAAGUACAUGUACAUCAUUCCAGUCUUCGUCAGUGUUCUAUCGGUGGCGAUCGUCUUCGCGCAGAAGUUUGUCCAGCCGUUUGUUUCCCUGCUGACCCUCGCCAAAGGAGGGGUUCUAGUCGCUACUGUUAUAGUCACAUUUGGUGUAGGUGCGAUCGUUUCAAAUGAAAUAUCCAACGACUUCAACUACAUUGGGUCACCAUUUCUGAUGGGUACCGUCGCAUUAGGGGGCGUAAUAAACAUCAUGCCAAUGCUGUAUGCCAGAAUUGAUUUUGAUAAAACACAGAUCAAGUGUUUCAUGUGGGCUGUGCUCUCUGGCCUGAUCACAUGCACCAUUCUCAACAUCCUGUGGUGCUGGGCAGUGCUGGACAUUGUCCCCCAGACCAACUAUUGUGAGGUGGUCAGUCACAUCACAGACUAUGACAACAGCAGUGGGAUGAUGAUCACUAUUGCCUACACGCUAACGCCGGGCCCGCACGAGUGCUUAGAAGAUCUCUCUCUCGAGCACUCGGAGCAAGAAGGUGAAAUUGCGACAGUCCCUUUAACAAAGAUUCUGCAGACUGAUUACCCGCAAUACUCCUGGGUUGCCGUCCUCAUUCAACUCUUCAUCACCAUCAGUAUUACCGUGUCCUAUCUGACCAUCGGAUCGGCACUCAUGCAUUCAUUUUUAGGUUGGUUGGAUGCUCAGAUGGCGUGGGACAGAAUUGAUCGCCAUGUCAACACCCCGGCCAGAAGCUACAGCUUUCUCUGCUCUCAGAGGUAUUGCCGUCCCUUCUUAUGUCUUGCCGUCUUCAUGGUCGUCUUUGUGGUUGCGAUGCUUGACCCAAAGGGUUUUGUGACCAUGUUGGAUAAGAUUUCAUCCCUGCUCCUCAACACGGAGGCCGGCCUCUUUGUCUUUCUGAUGCUCAGAAACAGCCGCGCGGAGAAAUACAGCCACUUGACGAUACCGUUCCCAACGAGUCCCUAUCUGUAUCCUUUCCAUUUCAUCAUGGCAGCCUACUUCAUCUUUGCCGUGGUCUACGACAUUGUGGUGUCCCUCAUUGAUAUUCUGAGCUGAGCUAUGAAUCAUUCAUGACUUGUGAAUAAUUCAUGAGUUGUGAAUAAUUCAUGAGUUAUGACUUAUUCGUGAGUUAUAGUAAUUCAUCUGUAAUGAUCUUUACUUGUUAAAGCAGCCUAAAUGGGUCCAGUAACCUGUGAUGUUGUCACGUCAUCAUCAUCAUUAUCAGUCUAUGAAUUAUUCAUAUAUGAAUAUUCAUGACAUUUUUAACAAAUAAUACCAUUCCCAAUGCCUUUAACCAACUCUUUUCCGAGCCAUCAACCAUCCUACCGAAAAUCAAUGAAAUAUUCAUGUUUACAGAAAUCAGUGAAUAUGUAUACAAAAAUCAAUGAAUAUUUAUGUCAUGUGUUAAGUGAAUACUCAUGUAUCACAAAUGCGCGCACUUCCAUUCCAUUUUGUUCAACAAUAUCCUACUUCCAGGUUUGCAGUGGUCUUCUGCCAUCAUGGUACUUUCAUCUUUGGAAGUCUUCAUUAUAAACAAUGAAUUAUUCAGUUUAACAGUAAUUAAUAUUCAUGAUUAUGAAUUAUAAAUAUUAAUGAGGUAUAAUUGUCACACUAGAAUACAUUACAAUAUAAAUUCAUGUCAAAUAAAAUCAUGUGAUGUAAAUGUUAAUAUUGAAGUUAUGUAUAUUUAGCAGAAUAUUUCGUGAUUGUAAAUGCAGAGACCAAGAGAUUUAAAUGUUAACUAAAAUAUUUUUAUAUUGGUCACAAACAUUGUCACAGUGUUCUGAUUAGGAAUACAUGUCUGCUUGAUCAUGCA